AUGAAACCGGCUGAAGGGGAGAAUGGCGGCGCGGAGGUCAACCCUGCCGGACCCGGCGGCGAAGCGUUGACGCAGAACGCCGCCGUUGCACACGGUGCCGGCACGGAUCGCGGCGGCAGCAGCAGCAAGGGUUCUGGAGCUGAGGGUCCGUCUGCAACGAGUUCGUCGGGCAAGGUGGAAGGCGGCGUUGACGUUGCCGCGGGACACACGAAUGCGGCAAAAGACAGUGAACAAGAGGGAGACGGUGCGGAACGUCCAAGGACGGCUGAACACGGCGGUGCCACUCAGGAAGCCGUGACAAAUUCUGCGGACAGCACUGCCACCAACGCCCUGUUUGUGCGUGCGUCUCUGCUGCUGCUGCUGCUCACGGCUGCCCUUGCCUGCGCCGCUGCGUAG